AUGUUUGGAAGUCCUCCGGCUAUCGCUUAUUGUCACAGUCCUCAUCUCCGGAAGCCUGUUUCCAAGCCCGCAGGGGAUGAUGAACUUGGAAAUGGAAGUGAAAUUAAGGAUACAAAUCCACCUCUGUUCACCGCUUCUAUAAUGCCUUCUCCCUCCUUGCUGUGGAAAUUUAAGGUCGCGUUGUUUCUGAUUUGGGGCUUCAUUUGCUGCAAGAUUGGAUGGGGUUCUGUCAUGAGAAUGAGCGCAGACCUGCGAGACUUAUUCUUGUACGAGGCAUUCUUAUAUUAUAACCCUCUCCUUCUUGUGACGAUGAUGGUUUGGCUAUGGGGAUUGUGUUUAUGGGUCUUCUCACAAAGUACUACUAUUAAUUAUGCAAAAAUAUUUGAACUUGAUCAAAACCACCUUACUCAGAGAGAAAUUUGGAAGUGUAGCAUAUGGAUGACGGUUAUAGUCCCAACUAGCACGACUGCCUACCUUUAUCUUUAUUCUCAUGGAGAAGUAUCAUUAGCAGCAGCACAACCAGUGAUCCUAUAUGUUGCUGUUGCUUUGGUUUUGGCAUUCCCCUUUGAUAUUUUCUAUUUUUCAUCCCGUUACUUCUUGCUAAGAACACUCUGGCGGAUAGCUCUACCCCUGCAGCCAAUCUCAUUUCCCGACUUCUUCUUGGCUGACAUUUUAACCUCCAUGGCCAAGGUAUUUUCAGAUUUGGAGCGUUCAGUAUGUCGAAUGGUUCAUCGCCAGGUAGCAACAAUUGCAUGGCUUGAAGCUGACUCGGUUUGCGGUAGUCAUUCAGCCGCAAUUCCUCUAGUUCUUGUUAUUCCUUAUAUUUGGAGGCUAAUGCAGUGUUUGCGGCAGUACAUGGACACAAAGGAGAAGACAACUCUUCUUAAUGCUUCUAAAUAUUCGACAGCAGUCCCUGUGAUUUUUCUUUCAGCCCUUAAGUAUCACGUCUUACCUGAUACAUGGACAUCUGUUUAUCGUCGCCUCUGGCUUUUCUCAAGUCUUGUUAACUCACUCUACUCAUUUUACUGGGACGUAACUCAUGAUUGGGACCUUAGUGUAUUUACCAGAAUUUUCAAGUUCAGCAAACCGAGUUAUUGUUCCAAUCUUAUAUACUGCCGUCGAUGGGUAUAUUUUUGGGUUAUCGGAAGCGACUUAAUCUUGCGUUGUACUUGGACGUACAAACUGUCUGCUCAUCUCCGCCACAACUACUUGACAGUAUUUAUGGUUACCACCUUAGAGAUGCUCAGAAGGUUUCAAUGGAUGUUCUUUCGAGUCGAAAAUGAGUGGAAUAAGAUUACCAAGUCAGGUCUUCAGCUUCAUCUGAUGACCGACAGUCAAGGAGAGGACGAAAAGUUACUCAGCUCAAGCAAUCGCUAUGUAUAGUUGAACACCAAUCUCUUGGCUUCAAGGUAGUUUCAAAUUAAAUUCAUUCUUUGCUCUGAUAUCAUCGUAUAUAGUAUUAUUUAGGCCUAAAAUGCUGCCAUUUGAGUUCGAUUUGACUUUUGUUC